ACUUGACUCCAUCCCAAACCACUCAGGAGACUCAGUCCAUGCACGGAGUCACCCGCGAAAAGUUCGUCAUUCAUAGUUUCGGCAAACCCCAGUCGUAAUCCUGUGGCAGCAAGAGAAAGUUUUUGCGUGCAAAGUGAUAAAACCGUUCCAAUAGGCUGACCGUCGAUUGAUUGAUAUUUUCAAGAUCAAAUGAAUCUGAUAGCAAACAGAACGGUUCGCGUAUUUACGAGGGUGGCGUGAGUGUAGAGGUGUGGAAAGUGCGCCGUAAUUUGUGUUGAACCUGUCCUGAUCAUAUAGCUUCAUCGAAUCGCCCUAAAUAUCAUACUAUUCAAAAAAAAAGGUGCUCUAACCUUCGAACAUCCUGGAGAACCACUUAAAUUAAUUACACCCACUUAUCACGACCAAAAGCGUCAUGUCGCCACCGACGUUGAUCGCAGUGGGGUGCGGGAAAGUUUUCGCAUCGUCACUGCUUGCAAUAUUGUCAUUGUGUUCGCUGCUUCGAUAUCAGAUAUUUGCCUACCAGCUGCCGGUGGUGCCGAUUCGGCACAUUGACGAGCAACCGUCGCACCAUUUGCAGCAGGACAUCAUGGACUUCCUCGACCUGAUUCCGUUCGCCGACGUUCACUCGCUGAUGCAGUACUACUAUCACUACGAUGCCGAGGUGGAGAAUGCCUUCGAUUAUGUCUGCAGUGAGGACUAUUCGCAGAUAAAGCUCGAAAUUGCGAAUCUAAACGAGGUGCGAAGUUUCCGUCGCUAUCUGGACAAUAUUGGCUUCAGUGUGGAGCACGUGUGGCAGGAGCUAAAGGCGCGAUUCAACGUGGAUGAUAUCUUUGCCGAACCGGACGAGACAAUCCGAAAUUUGAAUCUAACCACCCAGGGACUGAACGGAUUAGUCGAUGACAUAUUAGCACUGCUGCCGCAGGACGAGAUAAUCCUACUUUUCUUCGACAAACUGGAAACCAGCAAUGAUUUCUCGUACUUUUUCGAACAGAUCGGUAGCGGCGAGUUCGAAAGCGUGCUAAGCAUGUUGCAGAGUUCACAGCAGCUGAGAAUCCUGUUGUGGAGAUUGCAGCGCCAUGGCUUCGACAUUCCCGGCUGGAUUCAGCAAAUUCAACGAUAUUUCAGCUUCAGUAGCUUUUAGCAAAGUGAUUUAAUAAAGUGAGAUUAACUAGUA